GCCCUCCUUUCUCUCCUGGGUUUCGCCCCCCGAGAGCCGCAGGUAGCCAGCGGGCGACUCGGGCUCUGCGGGCCCGCCCCCUUCCUCCGCCCCUCCCACCGCUCGGGUCUCCAGCCGGCGGAGAUGAGGCUGCCGCGGCCGCGGGUCCGGCGGCCCCAGCGUUGGCUGCGGUGGGGGCGGCCGGAACCCGGGCAUUGAGGCGCUGCGGCGGUGGCCGAGGCGGCGCUGCCUCAGCCGCUGCAGCGGGCUUCCCUUCCUCUUUAGUGUAGCCAGGAAGUUUGGCGCCCCUGUGCAUGUGUGCGCGUGAGUGUGGGUGUGCGCGGUGAGGCUCGCCUAGCGUUUCUGCAGGCGCCGGGCUUUUUUUGCCCGCGUCGCUUCCCGUAAGCCAGCCAGCAGCCGCGGAGCUUGGGCUGUGGCCCGGGGAGGGGGCGCGGCGGCGGGCGCUCUCCUUUUGUUGUUGUUUCCUCUGCCUGGAGAGCUGAAGGGGGACGCGCCUGGGUGGGGCGGCUCGCAGCCCGGGCCUGCUGGCCCCCGGGUCUCCCGGGCGGCGGGGUAGCUAGAGGAGAGCGGGCUUCAACAUGAUGGCGGCCGAGGCGGGCAGUGAGGAAGGCGGCCCGGCAACUGCCGGGGCCGGCGGCGGCGCGGCCACGGGCUCCAGCGCCUACCCGGCAGCGUGCAGGGUAAAGUUACCCGCGGCCCUGCCGGUGGCAGCCGCCCCAUGUCCUGGGCUGGCGGACGCCGACCUGGCUGCGGCCCUUGGUGGCGGAGCCGCGUCGGGGUCCGGGUUCCUGGGGACCGGGCCGGUGGCCAGUGUCCUGGGGGGCGCCGCGCUGCCCGGCGGUGCUGCUGCUGGCGUGGCGGGUGCUGCGGCCGCCGGACCUGCCGGAGACGUCGCUUUCACCAAGGGGACUCUGUCUUUGCCUGCUGAGACGCUCGGGCCGGGCGGCGGAUUCCCUCCUCUGCCGCCGCCGCCUCAGCUGCCCCCUUUGGGCUCCGGUCUGGGGACAGUGGAUGAAGGUGACUCCCUGGAUGGACCAGAAUACGAGGAGGAAGAGGUGGCCAUACCGCUGACCGCACCUCCAACUAACCAGUGGUAUCAUGGAAAACUUGAUAGAACUAUAGCAGAAGAACGCCUCAGGCAGGCUGGGAAAUCUGGAAGCUAUCUUAUAAGAGAGAGUGAUCGGAGGCCGGGGUCCUUUGUACUUUCAUUUCUUAGCCAGACAAAUGUUGUCAAUCAUUUUAGGAUUAUUGCUAUGUGUGGUGAUUACUACAUUGGUGGAAGGCGUUUUUCUUCACUCUCAGACUUAAUAGGUUAUUACAGUCACGUGUCUUGUUUACUUAAAGGAGAAAAAUUACUCUAUCCAGUUGCACCACCAGAGCCAGUAGAAGAUAGAAGGCGUGUACGAGCCAUUCUACCCUACACAAAAGUACCAGACACCGAUGAAAUAAGUUUCUUAAAAGGAGAUAUGUUCAUUGUUCACAAUGAGUUAGAAGAUGGAUGGAUGUGGGUUACGAAUCUAAGAACAGAUGAGCAAGGCCUUAUUGUUGAAGAUCUCGUGGAAGAGGUGGGCCGGGAAGAAGAUCCACACGAAGGCAAAAUAUGGUUCCAUGGGAAGAUUUCCAAACAAGAAGCUUAUAAUUUAUUAAUGACAGUUGGCCAGGUCUGCAGUUUUCUUGUGAGGCCAUCAGAUAAUACUCCUGGAGAUUACUCCCUGUAUUUUCGGACCAAUGAAAAUAUUCAGCGGUUUAAAAUUUGUCCAACCCCUAACAACCAGUUUAUGAUGGGAGGCCGCUAUUAUAACAGUAUCGGGGACAUCAUAGACCACUAUCGGAAAGAACAGAUUGUUGAAGGCUAUUAUCUUAAGGAACCUGUACCAAUGCAGGAUCAAGGACAAGUACUCAAUGACACUGUGGAUGGGAAGGAAAUCUAUAAUACAAUUCGUCGUAAAACAAAGGAUGCUUUUUAUAAAAAUAUUGUUAAAAAAGGUUAUCUUCUGAAGAAGGGCAAAGGAAAACGAUGGAAAAAUUUGUAUUUUAUCUUAGAGGGCAGUGAUGCCCAACUUAUUUAUUUUGAAAGUGAAAAACGAGCUACAAAACCAAAAGGGCUGAUAGAUCUCAGUGUGUGUUCUGUCUACGUUGUCCAUGACAGUCUCUUUGGCAGGCCAAACUGUUUUCAGAUAGUAGUCCAGCACUUUAGUGAAGAACAUUACAUCUUUUACUUUGCAGGAGAAACUCCAGAACAAGCAGAGGAUUGGAUGAAAGGUCUGCAAGCAUUUUGCAGUUUACGGAAAAGUAGCCCAGGGACAUCUAAUAAACGGCUUCGUCAGGUCAGCAGCCUUGUUUUACAUAUUGAAGAAGCCCAUAAACUACCAGUCAAACACUUUACUAAUCCAUAUUGUAACAUCUACUUGAAUAGCGUCCAAGUAGCAAAAACUCAUGCAAGGGAGGGGCAAAACCCAGUAUGGUCAGAGGAGUUUGUCUUUGAUGAUCUUCCUCCUGAUAUCAAUAGAUUUGAAAUCACACUUAGUAACAAAACAAAGAAAAGCAAAGAUCCAGAUAUCUUAUUUAUGCGUUGUCAGUUGAGCAGGUUACAGAAAGGACAUGCCACAGAUGAAUGGUUUCUGCUGAGUUCCCACAUACCACUAAAAGGUAUUGAACCAGGAUCUCUGCGUGUUCGAGCACGAUACUCCAUGGAGAAAAUCAUGCCAGAAGAAGAGUACAGUGAAUUUAAAGAGCUUAUACUGCAGAAGGAGCUUCAUGUAGUCUAUGCUUUAUCACAUGUAUGUGGACAAGACCGAACACUACUGGCCAGCAUCCUACUGAAGAUAUUUCUUCAUGAAAAGCUUGAAUCAUUGUUGUUAUGCACACUAAAUGACAGAGAGAUAAGUAUGGAAGAUGAAGCCACUACCCUAUUUCGAGCUACAACACUUGCAAGUACCUUGAUGGAGCAGUAUAUGAAAGCCACGGCCACACAAUUUGUUCAUCAUGCUUUGAAAGACUCCAUUUUAAAGAUAAUGGAAAGCAAGCAAUCAUGUGAGUUAAGUCCAUCAAAGUUAGAAAAAAAUGAAGAUGUGAACACUAAUUUAGCACACCUAUUGAGCAUACUUUCAGAGCUUGUGGAGAAAAUAUUCAUGGCUUCAGAAAUACUUCCACCGACACUGAGAUAUAUUUAUGGGUGUUUACAGAAAUCAGUUCAGCAUAAGUGGCCUACAAAUAACACCAUGCGAACAAGAGUUGUUAGUGGUUUUGUUUUUCUUCGGCUUAUCUGCCCUGCUAUCCUGAAUCCACGAAUGUUUAAUAUCAUCUCCGAUUCCCCAUCUCCGAUUGCUGCAAGAACACUGACAUUAGUGGCUAAAUCUGUGCAGAAUUUAGCAAAUCUCGUGGAGUUUGGAGCUAAGGAGCCUUAUAUGGAAGGUGUCAAUCCAUUCAUCAAAAGUAAUAAGCAUCGCAUGAUCAUGUUUUUAGAUGAACUUGGGAAUGUACCUGAACUUCCGGACACUACAGAGCAUUCUAGAACUGACCUGUCUCGUGACUUAGCAGCAUUGCAUGAGAUCUGUGUAGCUCAUUCAGAUGAACUGAGAACACUCAGUAAUGAGCGUGGUGUACAGCAGCAUGUACUGAAAAAGCUUCUGGCAAUAACAGAACUGCUUCAACAAAAACAAAACCAGUAUACAAAAACCAAUGAUGUCAGGUAGCAGCCUGGUGUUCUGCAUGGAUUCAGCAUGCCCAGUGUGGUAAUUCACAUCACCAUGUCUCCUUUGCUCUUGCCAAAAAGAAAAAAAAAAAAAAGAAAGGAAGGAAGAAAGAAGAUAGCACACCUUUCCACAUUCCAGUGAUGUGUGAGCUAUGCAAGCAAAAACCCAAGACCCUGCUGGAGAGUCACUGCCAGCACCUUUGUAAGCUAUUUGUGCAGAAUAGUGUGCACUUUUCCACAUGGAAUCUCUACCAAACUCUGAGCCUUGGUGUAUAGGUCACCCUUAACAACAACAAAAAUGCUAUGACUGACUAUGUCUUGAACUUUGAAAAUAUAUUUUCAGUAUAUCCAAUUGCCAAAGUUUUGCUGUCUCUUGGAAAAGGAACUAUGAAAUCAACUGACAAGGAAAUGCAUCUUAUUGACAACAGAAUUUAACUGGAUCACAGGACAGUUCUUACUGUAAUUUCUUCCUUAUGAACAUGACCAUUUGACUGUUCACUGAAUUUAUUUGUAUUUACAGUUUCCAGAGUGACAUUAUAAUGGGAACAAUCUUGCUGUAUACUUUUUAAAAAUACUGUGCUAUUCUUUCUGGAACUGUCGAAAGACUCUAUAAAAUCGAUGAAUCUAUUGCUCAUCAGCUUUAUUUUUUAAACAUACCACUUAUUUUGUUGGAAUUGUCAAAGAUUGUAUUUAGAUCUCAUGCUUUUGUUAAAAUGUUUACAACAGUAAAUAGCUGAAAUUCAAUAAAUAUUAUUGGUCAUUGUACCAAUUAUUGCAUGUUACCCACUUGACCAUUUUAAAGAUUGCUGAUGUCUUUUAUGUUUAAACAAACUGCUAGAAUAUUUUCUCAAUUCUAAGAUGGUUUUGGUUAUCUCUUUGAUUAUGCAAGACAACCUCAUCAGGCAUUUAACAUCUUACACAUCUUUUAAUUUUGUACUUGUUUUCCUGCUGGAUAUUUAGUUUGUAUAGUUCAUUUGCUCUUGUGUAUGUAUUUUUGUGUGAAAUAUUCACAAGGGUUAAGUUAAAAUAAACUAAGGGAUAGCUUGCAUAACUGAUUAGCUUACUAUUUAACUUUAUUAUAAUUUUCUUUCUACUUUAGUGAUAGUUCAAGCUUUAAUAAAUCAGAGCAAACUCGG